CAAACAAAAAAGCGACCAACCGACGCCACGAUCCAGAUUAGGAGCUGCUCAGAGGAGCUCAGUCUGGCUGGCCAGGGAGCUGAUCCUGGUUCGUCUCCAAUCGUGAACCAAACCAAACCGGCAUUCUCCAACAAACACAACCAAGCAGAAUAUACUCUUUUUGGUCUGCGCACAUACACAUACACACACACACACACAAUGGAGGACAUCGUCAAGACGAGCACAGACUGGAUCUGCAACGCCAUGACGGCCAGCAGCGUUUCCCAGAGCCGGAACGAGAACGCGUGUCGGGACGGCGAGUGCGCAGCCAGUCUUGCCGCCACGUUGGAUCUCGCAUUGCUGCAGCAUGCACUACAGAUCGUGGCAGUCGUUGAGGAUGGCUCGAGAGCGGUCCUCUGGGCGGUCGUUGAGCGCGCACUGCGUUUCACUACGAUGGCCGAGUCCCAGUUGUUCGCAAGCACCGUCUUCCAUCCAGGCAACAGGGAUGGGUCUGAACAUGCUCAAGACUGGACUGAGCUCGUAUUGGGAUCGUGCCGUGCUCGCGUCGAGUCAGCCACCACCUCCUCCCUCAGCGGCCACCCGCCACGACUCGCGCUGCGGAUUGCUCGUGCUGGCGCUUGGGUGGACGUGGCUGAUCAUUCGAAAGUGCUAUCAUCUACGCACCAAAUCUACGCACCAAAGCCCGUCGAAAACCCGCGUCGUCGGAACGCACUGACGAUCGAGUUCAACCAGCUCAUCUUUCGUCGGUUGCUGCUGCCCCAGUUUCCCAAGCGAAUCCAACACCUCCAUCACGCACCAAACCUAGUCAACCGAGGCUGCUACUGCCGAUUGUGGGCCGUUCCAGUAGAAAUUGGCAAUCUGCAACAUUUGCUCAGUCUGAAUCUCUCCGACAACAGCCUUCAAUCACUCCCUGAUGAAAUUGGCCGCUUGACCAACCUCGAAGAGCUUUUUCUACACUACAAUGCUCUCGAAUCACUCCCCUCAAGCAUCACCAAGCUAACCAAGCUGGCCGAGCUUCGCCUCAAGAACAACCGACUCUCUCAAUUGCCAGUCGACAUGGGGCAAUGGAAAAAUCUCCGAAUUCUCAUUGUGACAAACAACCGACUCGAGUCUUUACCUGACUCGAUUGGCGAGUUGCAAUUGUUGCAAGAGCUAGCUUUGCACUCCAAUCGGAUCCGCACAGUGCCCGCUUCAUUUGCCAACCUCAAGAACUUGUCUACCCUUUACUUUGGCGAAAACCCUCUUGUCGAGCUCCCGGCCGACUUUGGUAGACUCGUCGAGCUUGUGGAAUGCGACUUUUCUCGAUGCUCCCUCACGACGUUGCCAGACUCUGUUUCCAAUCUGUCCAAGCUCGUUCGCUUGUGGGUCAGCGACAAUAAUUUGCGAGAUCUACCAAACCGGUGGAUCAGCAUGGUCUCGUUGAGCGAUUUAUUCGUCAGCGGCAACCAAAUUGCGCACGUGCCGUACCAGUUGAGUCAAUUGCACCUUUCAACCUUGAAUUUGCACUCCAACCCUUUAUCGCAUCCGCAACACGAGUCCCUGCGAGACUUUGAGGCGAUUGCUGUUGGCGUCCCGUCACUGUUUGAGCUGGCGGCUCGGAAGGUGCACUCCCAGUACGAAACCACCUGGCACCAGCUCCCUUUGCCGCUGGACGUUCUCGAGUAUUUGGGCCAGGCCCGUGUUUGCUCUUGGUGCAAUCAACCGUUCUUCCAGUUUUGGUGGUCUAGGCUCGAGUUUUGUGACGUUGCUUUCAACUCGCAUAUUCCCGUCUCCAUGGAGCUGUGCUCGCUUGGGCACCUCCGAGAGAUUCAGCGCACCACGCCGAAUCGCUCCACCAACAGAGCCGACCGCAAUGUGUUCCAAGGUCCAUUCAUUUGA